GAACCAGCCGACCGAAAGAAACGAGCUUACGGUCUUUUAGAAAGUAGUGCCAGCCAUAAAAACGGAGCAUUUCUUCCUAACAUCCAGCGAAGCGCGUUGGCAGCGAAAGACGAGGUUCAUCUCAACUCAGCUCGGCCGUUUCCCAGCAAAAAAACAACCUACCGCCUGAAUGAAAUGAGCGACUCGGCUCUGGACGGAAAACAAGCCACCAAAUAUGUCAAAGAGACGGAGAAUGUGGCGGAGAAAUACUCAGCGAUGACCGUGAGCAAAAACAGCAGCGACGUGAACAUGAACGUGGGAGAAAUGUCUUCGGCAGCCUUCACUGCGGUCCACUCUCUGAAAUCCGUCAAGAAGAUCCAGUUUGCUAACGCAGAGGACAAACAGGAAUUUAGCAAGUACCCCACUAAAGCAGGCCGCCGCUCGCUCUCUCGCUCAAUCUCGCAGUCAUCCACAGACAGCUACAGCUCAGCUGCUUCUUACACCGACAGCUCUGACGAUGAGGCCUCCCCGAGGGACAAAGCUCAGGUCAACACUCAAGGCGGCAGUGAUUUCUGCGUUAAAAACAUCAAACAAGCUGAGUUUGGCCGACGUGAAAUUGAAAUUGCAGAACAAGACAUGUCUGCUCUGAUCUCCCUGAGGAAACGAGCCCAGGGAGAGAAGCCACUGGCUGGGGCAAAGAUCGUAGGAUGUACCCAUAUCACUGCUCAGACUGCAGUCCUGAUUGAGACUCUGGUGGCCCUGGGCGCCCAGUGCCGCUGGACUGCCUGCAACAUAUAUUCCACUCAGAACGAGGUGGCGGCAGCUCUCGCUGAGACGGGUGUACCUGUGUUUGCGUGGAAGGGUGAGUCAGAGGAUGACUUCUGGUGGUGCAUCGAUCGUUGUGUCAACAAACAGGGCUGGCAAGCCAAUAUGAUUUUGGACGAUGGUGGAGACUUAACCCACUGGGUGUACAAGAAGUAUCCCAUUGUCUUCAAGAAGGUGCGGGGCAUCGUAGAGGAGAGCGUCACUGGGGUGCACAGACUCUACCAGUUGUCUAAAGCUGGCAAGCUGUGCGUUCCUGCGAUGAAUGUGAACGACUCAGUCACCAAGCAGAAAUUUGACAACCUCUACUGCUGCCGUGAAUCUAUUCUAGAUGGCUUGAAGAGGACCACAGAUAUUAUGUUUGGCGGCAAGCAAGUGGUCGUGUGUGGUUAUGGAGAAGUGGGGAAAGGCUGCUGCACUGCUCUCAAGGCGCUUGGAGCCAUCGUGUGCAUUACAGAGAUCGACCCCAUCUGUGCCCUGCAGGCGUGCAUGGACGGUUUCCGAGUGGUCAAACUGAGUGAGGUCAUCCGGCAGAUGGACGUGGUGAUUACUUGCACUGGUAACAAAAAUGUUGUUACCAGAGAGCAGCUUGACAGAAUGAAGAAUGGCUGCAUCGUCUGCAACAUGGGACAUUCCAAUACUGAAAUUGAUGUGGCUAGCCUACGCAGCCCUGAGCUGACCUGGGAGAGAGUGCGAUCUCAGGUUGACCAUAUCAUCUGGCCUGAUGGAAAGAGGGUCAUCCUGCUGGCAGAGGGUCGCCUCCUGAACCUGAGCUGCUCCACAGUUCCAACGUUUGUGUUGUCCAUCACUGCUACAACUCAGGCUUUGGCCCUGAUAGAGUUAUUUAAUGCUCCAGAUGGGCGUUACAAACAGGAUGUUUAUCUCCUGCCUAAGAAAAUGGAUGAGUAUGUGGCCAGUUUGCAUCUACCAAACUUUGACGCCCACCUGACAGAAUUGUCUGAUGAGCAGGCCAAAUACAUGGGCCUCAACAAAAAUGGCCCCUUUAAGCCUAACUAUUACAGGUAUUGAGUGUGUGAGAUGGAGUCUUCCUCAACACACAGAUGUCCCCAGAAACAGAUAUCUAUUUUAUCAGUUGGUACAAAAUGGAAGAAAUAUUUUACUUAUGCUGAAUGUAACUUAUUAAUAGCACUCUAGACACUGAAUAUAAGGAAUGAUGUAGGAAACAUGAUAUAACCAGCUAACAUUUUCCCCUGUCCUGUCAUAAAAAAGAAGCCUGCCUGCAUGCUUUCAUGCGUAUGGAAUUGUUUAGUUUCUCUUGGUUACUGUUUGUUGCUUGAUAGACAAGCUAUUGCUUUGUCACUUUAUCUACUUCAUGCACAGUGCUAAAUGACGGCCCUGGAAGAGAUCACACAGAGUAUGUUUAUGUCUUCUGUAGUUCAUGCAUUCCCCGAAGUUCAGGCUGAGGCACACACCCUGUGUAAUGAUGUACUUCAUUUUAGAAAUGUUUUUGUCUUAUUAAUCCCAUUUAAAUCUCAUUGCACAUUCCUUAAAAGGUAACAUCCAGUCAACAUGUCACUAAAUCCAAGCAAAAUGAAAACAGAUCUUGCCCUGUGUGACACACCCACUGAGCUCGUCUGUGCUCAGUGACUCUUGCACACCGUGUUUAGAGUAAAGAUGAAGGGCAUCUAAAUUGAUGACUGGUGCAAAACUGAGUUGGACAGAGAGCGCAAAUAUAGUUGCCAGAUGUCUGAGUGCACAUCGGUUUUUAAGCCGUGGGACAAAUCAGUGGACAGCAAGGCACUGGGUGCAAAGAGGUUGGACUUAUGUUCAUUAGGCAUGGGUGCAUUGUAGUCUGACUGUAAUAUCAACAGAGGCAUUUGUCCCUACCUUUAAAUCGGUUGUCUUAAAUGCAAAAAUAAACUAAGUGUGUUUCGAUAAGUUAUUGCUAGCUUUCUUUUUCACACCAAAUGUGGUUGAGACGGAAAUGCAUUAGUCUGCCAACCUCGUAACAUUCACGCAAAAACAAGUAGUGCGCCCCCUAUGGUAGUACAUAAGCACUUAUAUACAGUAGGGAGAAUUGUCAAAACAUGCAGUGACAGUAAAUAUGGAUGCAGCUAAGCAUCCAUAUUUACGUAGGAGUCCGACGUUCAUAACAAUAGAAGGCCUGAAAGGACAACCAGGACGUGAAGACUAGAGGCCCCGGACACACCAGUCAGUCAGACAUUGCACAAAUUCCAGAUCAGUUACAGAAUUUAGGAUGCUCCCCAAUUCCAUCUCUAAACCAAGUGUUGCUCCAAACCCCCCACAAAGUGGCGAUAUGUGCAGGCAAGCAAAGUGUACAUGCAUUGUGAAUCUGUAAAUUUUUCUCUGCAAAAUUUACUGUGUAGGGUAUUUAUAAUAGAGCUGGACUUUAAACAUGGUCUGUCUAGUGAGGGACACUGUCAAUGCACCGUCUCUGUGUUGGGUGGAAACUAGCAGUGAUACCAAUGCUGCGCUGUGCGCCACUUUGCGUUGGGUGGGAGGGUUCCAUUGAAAGUGACAGGCACAGAAACAGGCACUUCAAGGCUACAGGAUAAUUUUACGAUACCUCAGCUCGGUGUCUAUUGGACACGUUUGGCUACAACUUUUAAUGUUUUUUUAAGACACCUGUUGAUUAGCCGUAUAUGAGUUUGUUUUAAUAAAAAAAAAGAAGUCAUAUGACCCAUUUUAAUAACAGGUUAUAUGCAUGUAUCCCUAGAAAUUAUGAAAAUGCUAGAAUGUGACAAAACAUAAUUACAAUAAUGAAACAUUUAAUACAAAUUUUCCAUUUGCAAUUUUAAUCUGUCUUACUCUAAAGCUGACUACAUGUAGUCUUCUGACUGGAUAAAACCUUUAAGGCUGGGGUAUGAAGGUGUGUUUUAAAUAAUUUAACAGUAGAUCCACACUGAAUUGAAUCUUUUAGUCACUCGUCCUUUUCUGUAACACUGCAUCUGUUCAUGCUAAAUGUAAUGUCUUUAUUUUACUGCUUCUGUAGGAAAUUGUAAGUCUCAUAUGUAACCUAUAUUUUGGGAAAAAAUAUAAGGCUCUAUUUGCUAUAUAAUUUUUAAUGUCUUAAUUUGAUCCAACGGGGUCACAUACUU